GCUGCAUUGCGGCCCUCGUUCGGUCCGCCAAUCCUGAACUUACAAUGUUGGUUCAGCCGACUGCGUUCUUUGCUCGGAAAUUUGUUCCCUCGCCAUGACAUGUCAAAAGGCUGCCCUGCUAUUGCGUAAAAAAUUGUAAGCAAACGAUCAGAACGCCCUUUCCGCUACCAUGACUCGGACUGCUGCUUGAAAAUACCUACCUAAGAUAGUGUGAACGACUUCAACUUCAAGUUGAACCCCAUGUUUUUACUACCAGGUAUGUGACAGCGAGGCUACGGAGGCGGAAGGCGGCCACGGGCCGUUGUUUUUCCGAACAUCGCAUCUCUUGGCACUGGCGGUACCAGAUGUCGCGAUUUCCACUUUUCAGGAACAUGUCGCCGGGCUGUAGACGACUACAGGAGACAGUAUCUUAGGUAGGGACUGCUGCAAAAGCACUUGUGCCUGCCAGAGCAUCGUCCAGCGGAUCGAACCCAAGUUUAGGCGGGCAUGAUGUCGACCGCCAACUACGUCCAUCCCAGCACAUACGAAAGUCUUUCCGACCAGGAAAUAUCCGUAGUCCGGCAGAUACACGACUUCACCGAGAAAUACUUCCAGAAUCCAUGCUUCGACGCAUCCCAUGACUUCGACCACGUGAAACGAGUGGUCAACAACGCUCUAACCAUCCUCAAAAAGGAGGAACACAGAAGGAAGCAGGAGACUUUGCCGCCGUUAAACCCUCUGAGCGUCAUCCUUGGCGCCCUGCUUCACGAUGUCGAAGACAAGAAGUACAUCGCCGCAAUGGACAAUGACUCGCCUCUGAAGCGUGCCAUCGUAGAAGCUGGGAUGCCCAUCGAAUAUGCCGCCCAGAUCCAGAUGUUGGUGGAGGGCGUCUCAUAUUCCUCCGAGGUUAAGAACCCGGACCGUGUCCGGAAUCUCAUUGCUGCCAUUCCAGAACUCGCCAUUGUGCAAGACGCCGACCGGUUAGAUGCUAUUGGCGCCAUUGGGAUAGGUCGGUGCUUCACGUUUGGUGGGGCCAAAGGCGCUCGCAGCUUGGAGGACUCCAUUCAUCAUUUCGAGGACAAAUUACUGAAGCUGGAAGGUAUGAUGAAGACGGAGCCCGGGAAGGCCAUGGCACAUGAGCGGACUCGAAGGAUCCGGGAGUUCAUGGCCUGGUGGCGUGAAGAGGCUGGCUCUGGGAAUCAAUGACAUGAAGAAUCGACUUCUCUUCUUCACUACAGGGAAAGCCUCCCGAGCAACAGUUGGUCGCCUUCUCGGGUAGUCCACCACCGUGCGGCUGGCAAUGACUUGAACCCGACAGGGUCUCCAUCAUCGAGGUCCAGAAAAGGCGAGUUAUGGGAAGUACGGUGAUUCAAGCUGUUGCGCAUUGAUUAAGUCUCCUCAGCAUCGCCAGGCUCGCCGAGCUCGCCAUGCUGCUCGAGAGGAUCUUGCUUCUCGUGAGUUUCUGAGUGAGGGCUGGCAGCACUGGGCCCUAGCUUCGGCGGAGGUGGCAGAGGUGAUGCCUUCCGCGAUGGCACAUGGUCUUGUUCCGCGCUCUUCUUCGCUGCUUCGGCAAAGACGUCGUCAAAGCCAGAGUUUGGAGAAAUGCCACCGUGCCGCCUUCCCUUUCGCGCCUUCGAUUGUGUGGUGGUAGUAGGAGCGGCAGAAUUAGGGUUCACCAUUGGCGGUGGCGGUACAUUGGGAUUCACCAUUGGUGGUGGAGAUAGACUCUGAGCUGGGGCGGGCUGGAAGCUGUUGGCCAGGUGCUCAUUGUGUCCAUUGUCGACGCUCUUGCUCUCGGCGUCAAACAGUUUCUCGCCGGGAGCCUGCAUCUCUUCUCCCAGACCAAUAGGAAGCCGGUGCAGUGCUCCGAAGCCCAGGACAGCGCCCAGGGCACCUUCACCGCCCCAGCCCCUUCGCGGGACGAGUUCGACCUCUCGAACCACAUCAAAUUCCGAGUUGUAAACCCACAAUACCAGACUCCUGUUCAAGUGGUCUUCAACCAGCUCGCCCAGGGCAGCUUCUCCUUUUAGUACACCGCUUGGAGAUCCCAAGAUGUAGUCACUGUGGGGUAGUAGACCGGCUUGGUGUGCAGGAGAUAGGGGUGACGGAAUCGUGAGGACGUGCCAUAUGUUCUGCGUAGAGUUGAGCGGAGCAAGUUGAAGAGUCAAGCCCAAGGUUGCCGGAGCGGUGGGAACAGCAACCGUGAGGGUAUGUGUCCGCUGACCCUACACAUGACGAUGUCAGCACAUUGGAACAACAGAGGGUACUGUGGCUGGCUGGCUGGCUGGCUGUAUUGCUCACUUUCGCGCUCCAUAGAUCCAAGGAACAGUAUCCGCCCGCGCAGUUGCGCAAUUCGGUUGCGAAGAGGUUUGGGUCAGGGGACUCCUAUAGAGGCGCAACAUGGUAAGCUUGACUUUCAAUCACAGGAAGAUAUCACGGGAAGCCUUACUAUGUAGUGGCCAUUGAUUCCGACAAUGAAGUCGAACCAGGGUUCCAGCGGUAGGUCCUUGUUCGUGUUUCGCAGCACCUGGAAGCCGUACGAGUUGUCGGAAGGCCCGCC